UUGCCUUUCCCGAGGAGCAGCAUGGGAAGCGCCUGCCUGCAGCCCUCAGAAUGAGAGAGUGGUGGGUUCAGGUGGGCCUCCUGGCUGUGCCGCUCGUUGCCGUUUACCUGCACAUUCCGCCCCCCAAGCUGUCACCCGCUCUGCACUCAUGGAGAUCAUCGGGGAGUUACUUUACAUACAAGAAAAAGAACAUCUUUUACAAAGAUUCCUCAGGUGCAGUCGGCAGCUCCGACAUCGUGGUUCUCUUGCACGGCUUCCCGACGUCCAGUUAUGAUUGGUACAAGAUUUGGGAAGGGCUGACUCAACGAUUUCACCGAGUUAUUGCCUUGGAUUUUGUAGGAUUUGGCUUCAGCGACAAACCAAGGCCUCACCAGUAUUCCAUCUUCGAACAAGCCAGCAUCGUGGAAGGGCUGCUGAGCCACCUGGGCCUCUCGGACCAGCGUGUCAACCUCCUGUCACACGACUACGGGGACACCGUCGCGCAGGAGCUGCUUCACAGGUACGAACAGAAUAAAACCGGGCACGUUCUCAUCAAUAGUUUGUGUCUCUCCAACGGAGGUAUUUUCCCAGAAACUCAUCAUCCAAGACUCAUCCAGAAGAUUCUCAAGGACGGGGGGCUGCUCUCGCCCAUUAUUACCAGACUGUCAAAUUACUUCUUCUUUGCCAGAGGGCUUGCCACGGUCUUUGGCCCGUACACUCAGCCCUCAGAGGCGGAAUACUGGGACAUGUGGACAGCAGUCCGAGCGAAUGACGGAAACCUGGUGAUCGACAGCAUUUUACAGUUCAUCAACCAGCGGCAGCAGCACAGGGAGCGCUGGGUUGGAGCUCUCGCAUCUACCUCUGUCCCCUUGCAUCUGAUCUAUGGCCCUCUGGACCCUGUGAAUCCGUACCCGGAGUUUCUUCAGCUCUACAGGCAAGUGCUCCCCAUGUCAACUGUGUCUGUGCUCGACGACCACAUCAGCCACUACCCGCAGCUGGAGGACCCCCUGGGUUUCCUGAACGCCUACUUGAGCUUCAUCAACUCAUUCUGAGGCACACGUGCUCCUCACACGAGGGGCUCGGCCGCUGCCAGAGCUGUUCUGUGCAGGGAGUCGGAGGCCGCCGCCGCGACUGCCUCGCCGAACGACAGUCCUGGCCCAUGGCACUCUCAUGUGGGGACAGACUGACCCAUGCGAAUGAGCAUGGGGGGGGACGGGGCCAACGACAAAUGUGAAGAAUAAAGAGCACUUGUCUCUCCCCCCCGCCGCAAUGUGGACACCCGAAGCAGCCUCCGAAGCAUGCAGAGCUGCGCCCGCUGCUUGCCGGCUCCUGCUGGCGCGACAGACUCGCCGACAUCCAGUGAGGGGGGAAAGGGCCGCGUGAAAUACUGCAGCUUGUUCAGGCAGCUACUACAGAAUGUCUUUUAUUCAUCACACCAGUUAAAACAGGCACCGAUGCUGGAGACGGCCCCCGUUUAUUUUCUGCUAAUAAAAGUCAAUUCAAGAAAA